AUGUCGUUCGGAGCUUCGACAAUGUCGAACAACAUGCAAUUAGCAUAUAGUGGUGAUGGAGCAUCUAUGUAUACCUCGAUUAGCCGACCUACUUCGUCGCCGUCACCUUCCCCAACGCCUACUUACAACAACCCUAACGGAUCCGGCGGUGGAGCUAGAACUUCCGGUGAAAAUCAUUCUAUGGCUUUGGUGUCGGUAGGGCUGGACGCAAGCGGUGGCGAAGUAGCGAAGCGGAAGAGAGGGAGGCCGAGGAAGUAUGCCCCCGACGUCUCUGUAACACCGGUGGCGAGGUUACCGCCUGCUGAAGCGGCUGCCCAAGGUAGUGGUUUUUCGUCUCCGGCGUUGUCUUCAGGGAAGAAGCCGAGGGGUAGACCACCUGGUUCGUUGAAUAAGCAGCCUGCUGCUGCUUCAGGUUCACCAGGAGUGGGGUUCAUGCCACAUAUCCUUGAUGUUAAAGCUGGAGAGGAUGUGUUGGGAAAAUUGAUGUGGUUUUCUCAAAACAGCAGUCGAGCAUUGUGCAUUCUAUCAGCUAAUGGUGCCAUAUCUAAUGUUACACUUCAGCAGUCUGCAACAUCUGGUGGAACUGUCACAUACGAGGGACGAUUUGAGAUCUUAUCUCUUUGUGGUUCAUUUAUGGUUUGUGAGAGUGAUGGGCAAAGAAGCAGGACUGGUGGUUUAAGCGUGUCACUUUCAGGUCCAGAUGGCCGUGUUUUAGGUGGUAAUGUGGCUGGCCUUCUCACUGCUGCAUCACCCGUUCAGAUGAUUGUUGGUAGCUUUGUUCCGGCAAGUCAGAAACAAAGAAAAGAAAAGGCAGAAGUGGUCAACACUCCGGUCAAUGUGGGGACCACGAGUGGAUCUUCAGGUGGAGGGAUCGGGAGCCCGCUAGUCCACAGUAACAACAGUAAUCCACAAGGUAUGGCUAAUAUGCCUUGGAGGUAACUAAAUCCCAUUUGUUUGUGUUGUAAGCAACAUAACAUAACUCUCUAUUAGGAAGGAACCUUGUUUUUUUUUUUUUGGUUAAGUUUCUAAAUUAGUGUGUAAGGGUAGUUGUAUGCCAACAAAUGUGAUGAUGGGUUAAUUAUGAGUUGUUGGUUUUAUUGAGAAUGUUAAUAAUAUUGUGC